AUGCCUCAUGGCAUAAAAAGAAACUAUCAAGAUCAUUAUAAUCAAUCAUCAACAACAACAACUACCAAUUCUUUGCAGAUGUCCAAUAAUAGUAAUAAUACAUCUUUAAAUGAAGAGGAUCAAGAGGAUGAAAGUGAGUCAGGUGAAAGUGAGUCAGAUGAAAAUGAGGAAGAAGAAGGAAGUGGAGUAGAAGAGGAGGGUUGGAUUAGUCCAAAACAAGUCCUAGCACCGAAUGGAAAAUAUUUAAUAAUAAAAUAUGAUGAAGUGGAGACAGAGCAAUCAGGUAGUGAAAAGGAAGUUGAUGAUGAAGAUUUAAGUGUCUUAGAAUCAGAUGAAGGAAUCCAUUCAGGUUCAAGACGUUGGUUGAAUGUGGAACUUACAAUCCUGUUGAAGUAUAUAUUCAGAAGAAUUAAUACUAGAAAAUUGUACCAUGAUUUAGGACUAAAGAAAAGCUCCUGA